UGGUGGAAGGAGUCAGCACAAGGAGUGCCGAGUGCCCCAGCUCCCUGUUUCAGGACAGGCCCCUGCAACCUUUCUCAGGCUCUGCUUCUCUCCUCUCCUGGGAACCACCUGCCUCUCAGACAAGAGAAGCCUGUAGCACCAGGGUUGGAUCUGGAAGCAGGGUGUGGGGCUCGAGCAGCGAACUGCAGGUGCAAUUUCUGAGAGCAGAUUUAGGGUCGGCUGAGAUUCUGGAUGUUUUCACACUGUUGAGGUAGAGAUGCUUAUGAAGUCCCAGGUUUUCACGCAGGAUUCUCCUUAUACCUUGGGAGCCUGUUACCAUCUGCAUUGAGGAACUGAGGCAGAGCAGCUCAAGAAACUUGCCUCAGGUGAUCCCACAGGAAGGAGCCGAAUCUGGAGGACACGUCAGCAGUCAGCCCCAGAAUCUGUCCUUCCCAGGACCAUCGGUUGCCCGCCCCUCCCUCGGCACUGUGAGGAAAUGGAGGAUUGCUGCAGGGGCUCUUUGCUCUCCCAUCUCCCUUUCCUGCUUCUCCUCUUCCAGCUGCCCACUGGGGGGUCUGCAGAGGAGUUCGUGGUGAUUGGCUCCUCGGACCCCAUUGUGGCAGUGCUGGGUGAGAACAUCAUGUUGCCAUGUCGUGUGUUCCCAGCCAUGAGUGUGGAGAACAUGGAGCUGCGGUGGUUCCGCUCCAAGUUCUCAGAAGCAGUGUUCAUCUAUCAAAACCAGCAGGAGCAGAAAGAGGAGCAGCUGGCCCAGUACACAGGGCGGACCUCACUGGUGAAGGACUUCCUCACCCAAGGGGAGGCUGCUGUGCGCAUCCACAAUGUCCAGGUUUUCGACAACAGGCUGUAUACCUGUUUUUUCAGAAAGGGAAGCUUCUAUGAAGAGGCUAGUUUGGAACUGAAGGUGGCAGGUGUGGGCUCUGCCCCUCAAGUGCGCAUCAUGGGACCAGAGGAGGAUGGGGUCCGAGUUGUGUGCAUGGCCUCGGGGUGGUUCCCAAAGCCCUAGGUGCAGUGGAGAGCUGUCAGUGGAGGAAAGUUCCUGACAUUUUCUGAGACCCAAGCCCAAGAUGCUGAAGGGCUGUUCACCAUGGAGGCCACUCUGGUGGUGAGGGACAGCUCUUCAGGGAAUGUGACCUGCUUAGUCCUCAACCCCAUCCUGGGCCAGGAGAAGGGGGUGGCCAUUUUCAUCCCAGAACCCUUCUUCCCCCGGAGUUCUCCUUGGAAGCCGGCUUUCAUGGUGAUCCUGACUGUGCUGAUGCUCCUACUCCUGGGGGCUGCCUUUUACAUCAAGAGAGAGCAUACUGCAAAGCACCGGGAGAGACAGGAGUGGGAGAAACUGCAGAGGGACAAAGAGGAGGACCGGCUGACAAAGGAGGAGGCACUGAAGGCCAGAGAUGAACUCCAAGCAGAUCUUGACUGGAGGAAAUCGGUUUACCUGGCUGCCUUGAAGAAGGCGCAACUGUAUGGAGAUUGGCGGAAGGAGAAGUUCCAGGCCUUGCCUGUCACUCUGAAUCCAGAGUCUGCCCAUCCCGACCUUGCUGUCUCUGAGGAAAAGACUAGUGUGACCUGGAAGGAGACAUCUGACAGCACAGGAGAUACCUGUAGCAUCUUGGGUCAUGACGGCAUCACAUCAGGGCGCUGUUACUGGGAGGUGGAGAUCAAGAAUGGAGAUAGAAGUGAGUGGGCUCUGGGGGUCUGUAGGAGAGGUGUGCAGAGGAGGGGCUGGUACCAGGAGUCCCCCCAAAAGGGGUUCUGGACUGUGGGGAAGAAUGGUGAUAAUCUCUGUGCCUUCACUACUAAGCCUCACAAAUUCUUUGGAAAAAUUCCUCACAGGGUAGGGGUUUUCCUGGACCUCAAGGGAGGGGAUGUCUCCUUCUACAACAUGACUGAUGGCUCCCACAUUUUCUCUUUCCCUCUAGCUUCCUCUCCUGAGACUCUGUUUCCAUACUUUGGGUUGAGGACAGGAAAUGUGUCCCUGACUGUCUGCUCUGUGGUGGGCAGGCUUGCAGAGACCCUUGUACCCCUUAACAAUCCUUCUUCUUUGGAGGAGCCUGUGAGCCUCUCAGGGGUGGGGUUCAACUCAGUCUCUUGUGUUGAUGGUGCUCCCCCAGGGGCUGAAUCUCCAUUACUCCCCUGCAGCCCUGGGCCAUAGAGUCCCAACGCUGUCCCAGACUCCUCAUGGUGGCUCUUCCUGGAGCUGCAGACUCCCUGAGGUAAUAGCCUCUGAGGUUAGUCCUGGAUGACCUGGUGUCUCCCGUUCUCUUCUGGGUGCAUACUGCUGGGGUGUGGUAUGAGAAUAGUCAGUUCAUGCCUUAUGAUCAGGUAUUAGAAGAUAAAUGUUGACUGAGCUGAUAUGGGAUAGGCUGAAUUUUGCUUUUGGAAGUUAUGUUUCUUUUGGUCAUGAAAAUCAUGGAGUCUUUGUAUCGUUUUGAUAUGAAAUGAGAUGAAGUCUGAAUUACUCUGAAGAAUGAAAUGGUGUUUAUUUUAUGCAGAAUUUUAAAUUGUGCAGACGAACCCAGAGGCUAUGGGUGGGUCACCAGCUCUAUUUUGGGAAGUUUUGGGAAGUGUGCACUCUGACUAGAGACUUCGGCCAUCCAAAAAUUUCUGAAUACAUGGAUGGCUAAUGGACUUUAAGAGGAGUGUAGUGUAGUAUUCUUUUGUAUAUGCUUCCUAUUCUGGGAUGGACAAAACAUACUUAUCUUACCAAACCUUAGUAAAUAUCUGUUAUUUGUGAAAUACUAGCGGUGCACUAAUUCAGUGACUGGAGGAUGAGAAUUUGGGUUCCCCUGUGUGUCAACACAGUUGGAGAGAACAGAACUGCUCCCAGAAUAAAGAUGUGAAUGAAAAAGAGCAUUUUCAGACCCUGGGUUAAUUUCAGAAAGCUUUCAUCAUGAGUACAGUUCCAGGAUCUAUGUAUUGCUUCUCAGUAUUUCCAAGUCCAAUUGUAAAGGUGGUUAGAAACCACAGGAAACAAAAGGAAGCCAGACUAUUGAGGACUCAGACCUUCAGGAAUGAAGGUGUGUUCACUCCUGAGGUAGAGAACUCCAACCUGCUGUGAUUCUGGGAGAGAUAAGACACAGAGUUGGAAGUGGAAGAAGGAAGUCACAAAUCUCAGUUCCUGCCUGUGACCAAAAAAGGGAAAAGGACUGUAGUAGCUUUGCAUAUUUUCUCUUUCUUGUCACGUAGAUGUGUCAUUUGUAUUAAUUAUCUAUUUUCUUUCUCCCUUCUUCUUACUAGUGUGAUUUUAUUCAAGUUGUCAGUGGUGAUAUUUAAAAUAUAGUCUCUAAGUAAGAGAGUGGUCCAAUGAUUGUGGCUGGACUUAAGGAAUAAAUAAUAUAACUGGUCGAUUCAA